CAUCACCCGUGCGUGACCAUUUCAUGACCUUUCAUGACCCCAUUGUCGGUUGAUGAGCAAAUGAACAACACGCCAAUACUCCCCAUGAUGGCCCCAAAGUCUUCGUGGCCCGUCUCUCGCCAAUCCAUCCGCCAGCAUUUCCGAUACGUUGUUCCCGAAGCCAGCUGGACGGGCCUGCAUGUCAUCGUUCUCUGCUAGACCAGGGUCUUCUCCGAGACUGUAACUCGACUGGCUGGCAUGAAUCAAAGCCACUUCUUCCGCAGCAGGGGAUAUCCGGGGCAGGCACCAAAGCCUUGGGUGGGGAAAGGAUAGGAUCCAAUUCGCAUCGAACGCAACCAUAGAAAACACCGCGCAUCAUGUCGACCUUCAAUGGCAUCGUUAGAGAAUUCCCCAACAUCAGGAUCGAUUACUUCAGGACACAUCCCGACAGACCACCACCAGAAGCAUAUUUCCUCAGCCAUGUUCACAGCGAUCAUUUGCUGGGACUGGAAUCAGUCAAGAUGCCAUUUGUAUACUGCUCUCCGACUACCAAGCAGAUUCUGCUCAAACUUGAAAAGUACCCUCCACGAAUCAAUUUUGCAAAGGGCAUACUUGAAUCACGAAGACUUCAUUAUCGCCGACUGAACAAGGUCCUGAGAACGUUGCCUCUGAACACGGCGACGCUACUGGAACUGAGUCCGAAAUGCUCCAUUAAUGUCACUCUAAUAGAUGCCAACCACUGCCCCGGAGCGGUAAUGUUUCUUGUGGAAGGUGAUGGCAAAGCUAUCCUCUACACUGGAGACGUCAGAGCUGAACCUUGGUGGGUGAAUUCAAUUGUGCAAGAUCCUGUCCUGUUACCAUAUGCCUGUGGUCUGAAAACUCUCGACUGCAUCUAUCUUGACACUACCUUCGCCAGCCAUGAAGAGCCGUACAGGGAAUUUCCUACCAAAGCAGAAGGCCUGAAGGAGUUGCUUGAGAAAGUCAGCCAAUGUCCCCCGGACACAAUAUUCUACUUCAGAGCGUGGACGCUGGGAUACGAAAAUGUUUGGAUUGCGCUCUCCAACUUUUUAAAGUCUCGUAUACAUGUGGACCCAUAUCAACUUCGAAUACUUCGCCCUGCGGAAGAGCACGGAGCCAGCGGAUAUCCUGAAGGAGCAUCACUUACAGGCUGUGCAGUUGGAAAUCAGCAACUUGCGGGAUGCUUGACCACCGACCCCAACGUCAAAAUUCACAGCUGCGAGCCUGGUCUGCCCUGCCACGCCGAUUUGAGUCAGCGACAAAACGUCAAAUGGAUCACUCCAAUCAUUUCGAGACUCAAGGAUGGCACCGAAAUUCUAGAAAUAGGUGCCGGAGGUGGAGGCGGAGAUCUCUUUCAGCUACCAGAACUGAGCCUUGCCGACUCUGCCUCUCUCCAGCAGCUCGGUGAGCUAUGUGCAGGCCUUACUGAGGACGAAAAGGUCAAAUCCAGGAUUAAAGAGGAAGUCGAACGUGCCAAACGAUCGAGGAAUUUCCAUAUACAAGUCCAGGGGCUUUCGUUACCCGACCCGCUCGACAACCCAACCAUGCCACUGAAAGAUUUCGUCAUGAAGCUUGCGAACACCGAUCGCUGGUUUGACCCAGCAGUCCUGGUCAAGGACCAAAUUCCCUCUCGCAGCAAGCGUGACACUAUCCAUUUCCCUUAUUCUCGUCAUUCGUCUUACCACGAGCUUCGUCAUCUUGUGAGCAUCUUUCGACCGAAAGACCUCUGUGCUUGCACUGUCGAUCCAGAGACCUGGUCACAGGAGGUCAGUAUGGAAGCGCUUUUUGGAGACCUCUGUUCCGGUGAGGAGUUCUUCUUCGAUCAUGAAGUCCGGGAAGAAAUGAGGGUGAGAGAAAGUAUUGGUUUCGGCAAUGGCCGUAAGGACAAACGAAAUGGUGAUGAAGACGAGAAUACCCAGGAGACAGAAACACAGGAGGAGUCCGACCCUGAAGAUAUCUUUGAGACUGCGCAGGCCCAAGUGGAAGAAGGUGUCUGCGACUCUGCGAAACGCACCGGCAUCGAACGAAACAACCACCACAUAGACGGCCUCGAAAAGGUACGAGCCGCGUUCCUCCGAAUCAACAGGGGCAAAAAUUACAUUGAUCUCGAAGAUGAGAUGGUUGGUUCCCUCGCCUUCUCAGACUUUAGCAGCCAGAUUGAAGCAUAUCCCGAGCAGUCUAAGCAGCUUGAGGAAGCCUUACUUCAGAAAGUAUUGUCAACAACUCAUGAAAAGAGCCGAGUCGAGGAGAAUGUCACCCUCCGAGGUGGUGACGGCAUUAUCAGUGAUGAAGUUGGAGAGGAUGCCGACUCACGGAGGUAUGCUAGAAUGGAAGCUUACAUGGCUGCCCGGCGUUGUCUGUUGACAAACGAUAGUAGUGCCUGGGAUGACUUAUGUUUGCGAAGUGUUGGCCGAAAAGGACAUGAAGAAAUGGAGAUGGAGCUUUAGGAAUAUCUGUACAGAAUUGCCAUGGAUGGACGACCGGGAAGGAGUUGUAUAUUUUAUGAUACCCAUAGCAUUUGUAUGAUACAUUGGUAGUCAACGAG